GAAUCAGCUGAUAGUCACAUGAUCACCGGGGUACAGCUUCAUGUUGGAGUUUAGUGUUGCAUACAGAUUAUGCUUUUCGACUCGCUCGUCAACAGUUAGUCGUCCUUGCUACAAUGCAGAUACUGGUUCCAGUUUUUGCUGUGCUUUGCAGCUGUCCCGUUUGGAGUAAGCACUUGGAGCCUGACCAGGACACUUCGGUACCUGAGGAGUGGAGCCAUGCUGGCCGGCUUGCACCCUCAGACCGGGUGGAGCUGACUUUCGCCCUGAGGCAGCAGAAUGUGGACCGGCUGAGAGAGCUUCUGAAGCUGGUGUCAGACCCAGACUCGCCACAAUACGGGAAGUUCCUGUCUCUGGAAGAAGUGGCAUCUCUGGUGCGCCCAUCCCAGUUGACCCAGAAAGUGGUGCAGAAUUGGUUACAGAGUCAUGGCGUGAAGGACUGCCAGUCAGUGGCCACAGAGGACUUCCUGCAGUGUGAAAUGACAGCCCACAUGGCGGAGACACUUCUCCCUGGCAGCGAGUUUCACCGAUAUUUGAACGGUCAGCGCUCCCUGGUGAGAUCACCAUCCCGGUAUUCUGUUGACGAGGAGGUGUCCAAGCACCUGGACUUUGUGGGAGGCAUGCACCGCUUUCCACCUUCGAUGCAGGCUGUCAGUCGAGCUUGGGCCAAUGGGAAGCAGCGGGAGGCAGGGUUCCACCUAGGAGUCACGCCCAAAGUGCUCCGGACUCGUUACAACCUGACAGCGACAGACGUGGGCUCCGCGGAAAAUAACAGCCAGGCAGUGGCACAGUUCCUGGAGCAGUUCUACCACCCCGCAGACCUGUCGGAGUUCAUGUCCCUCUUCGGCGGGGGGUUCAAGCACAUGUCCAAGGUGGACCGGGUGGUGGGCACCCAGGGAGGGGGUAAGGCAGGCCUGGAGGCCAGCCUGGAUGUAGAGUACAUCAUGAGCACUGGGGCAAACAUCUCAACCUGGGUCUUCACCAAUCCAGGUCGCCACGAGACACAGGAGCCCUUCCUGCAGUGGAUGCAGUUGCUUAGCAACAUGUCGGCCGUGCCCUGGGUCCACACCAUCAGUUACGGGGACGACGAGGACAGCCUGGCGGCCGCUUACAUGACACGCAUCGACAAAGAGUUCAUGAAGGCUGGGGUGCGGGGCAUCUCCAUGCUGUUCGCCUCCGGGGAUAGUGGAGCUGGCUGUAGACACUUGACCAAAGGAGGCAACGUGUUCAGGCCCAGUUUUCCUGCUUCUAGUCCCUACGUGACCACAGUGGGUGGGACUGCGCUCAGGAACCCUUUCAAGAUGACCUACGAGGUUACUGACUACAUCAGUGGGGGCGGGUUCAGCAACAUAUUCGCAAUGCCCGACUACCAGGUCAGCGCUGUCAAUGACUACCUGAAGACCAUGAAGGCCCUUCCCCCCAGCACCUACUUCAACACAAGUGGCAGGGCCUACCCAGACAUAGCUGCCCUGUCCGACAACUACUGGGUGGUCAGCAACAGAGUGCCUAUCCCCUGGGUAUCCGGCACCUCUGCCUCCACUCCAGUUGUGGGCGGUGUGCUGUCACUCAUAAACGACCAGCGCUUUCUCAAAGGCCUGCCCCCCCUCGGCUUCCUCAACCCUCGUCUGUACAAGCUUCUCGGCCGGGGGCUGAAUGACAUAACUGAAGGAUGCCACCUGGGGUGCCUGGAUGAGCAGGUGGAGGGGAAGGGUUUCUGUGCAGCACCAUCAUGGGACCCGGUCACUGGCUGGGGAACUCCCAAUUACCCCACACUGCUGGCCGCUCUCCUGGAUUAGUGACUCCCUGAGAGAGAACCACGGCUUCACCUUUUCACCUUGCCCUGCACAUGGGCACAUCAUGGCUCCUUCCAUCUUUCUGCAAUACCAAAUCAUAUCACUUCUCACCGCCCCAUGCAACUCACUCUGGUUUAAUCCUUUCGCAUGAGAUCAUUUUUAGUGUCUUACCACAAUCCUUCAUUUUAAGGUAGACUAUAAAUGUGAACAAUUACUUGGACGGCCCAUAUCAUUAUAUUGAGAAUUAACCCUUUUAAAUAAGCCAGUGAGAAAAAUAUAAAUGUGUGCCUGUUAGUUAGUCAGUCAGGAUGGAGUCCUCAAGUGGCUCCACUGUAAAGCUGUUGCUGCCAUUGGGUAAUCUGCAUGCAGGAAUUGAGAUAAUAUAUUUUUUAAAAUCUAUUUUAAUAGCUUUAUUGAUUGGUAGAAAGUUGCAUACUUAAAUUGGCAAGAAUGCCACGAAAUAUGGUUUUAAAAUUUUAAACGUGUCAUUUUUUAUUCUAUAAUACCAUCUGUCAAUUCAAAGUAAGGAAAUUCAGUGAUAGUCAUAGUGGCAUUAAGUUUGAAGGGCUUUGCUUCAGUGCCACUUCCCUGUAGAAUAUCCAUUAUCUCCUUGUAGUUCUUGAGAGACAAUUGUUACGCUAACCAGCACCUCUUACUUGAAAAAACUGAUUUUAAGAAACAAUGUGCUUUACUUUUCUCUUUUAAAGUGUUUUUGCACUGCAUUCUUAUAAAUUGAUCUAUGAGAUGAUUUAGAGUAGAUGGAGUGAGUGUGUUGAGAUGGAACGUGUAAUGAAGACUCAGGCAGUAUAAGUUCAAUCAGGAGGGCUAUAGAGACCUAUUUCAGUGCCAGCAAUGCAUUUUCUAAAUCAUUUUCUAACUGAAAACAUACCGUUAAAUAUUUUUUGUAACAGCAUUUUGCUGAAUCACUGCAAUACACAUUUCUUUGGGUCAGUAUAUUCUUGCUUUGAAUACUGAUAAAGGUAGAAAUUGGUAAUAUUCAAUUAGCUUUGUAUGGUAAAAAGUACUUGCCUGAAAUGUUUUGUUGUGUAAUGUGUGUUAAAUGGAUUGCGAAUAUCUUUUUUUUUUUGCAGAUGUGUACAGGUGGAAGUAUGUACACUGGUUUUAUGUCUACAAUGCUGCAUUGAUUUUAAAGAAAAUUAAAUUUUUUAAGAAGGUUGUG